AUGCCGUCGACCGAAGCCCUCGACGACGACGACCUCGCUGCCCUCCUAGUCGCUGAUGCCCGCCAAUCCUCCCUUCGCUACGCAUCGCAAGGUCUCUCGGCAUUGCUCCCCAGGCGGCCCACAAACUCGGCUGCGCCAAAGCCCAAUACUCGGUUUCUCAAGAACCUCGUUCGGGACGCGGAUACCCACAAUGCGAAGCUGAAGGAGAAAGAGGAAGCCGAGGCGCACAAACGGCUCAGGACGAUCCGGGAGGAAGAGAGGAAGAGAGAGCGCGAGAGGGCAAAUGAGUUGAGUGGGGUGUUACAGAGGAAACGGCGCAAGUUGAGUGAUGAGGGGCACUACGACAGGAAGCAAUCGAGGCGUCAUCCGCAAGAGGGCGUCAACGUCAGACACUUAAAUCGGGUGCAAAGUCCCCGGCGCGAAGAGAGGAGAGAGCACGACCACGAUGACGAGAGCGGGAGACAUAGGCGGCGACGCGAGCGGCGGGAAGGAGAGGACAACGCUCGGCGACGACGCAAACGAAGUACACCCUCAGACGACGACGAGGCAAAACACCGAACUUCCAGAGCCUCUGGAUCUUCGCGCAGAAACCGUUCUCCGUCACGAUCACGAACACGGUCACAGGCACGGUCAAAAUCGAGAUCGAGGUCGCAGAGCAGAGAAAGAAAACACCACCGCAAAUCGGCAAGGCACAAGAAGGAGCAAAGCCUUCCCUCCGGCGUAAGGUCAAAAUCCCCGUCACCGGCCAAAAAGGCCGAACGUCAACGCCAUCACACAUCGCCGGCCUCCAUCGCCUCUUCAUCCUCCUCCCGCUCCUCAUCAUUAACAUCCGACCCGUGGUCCAGCCUCAUCGGUCCCCAGCCCGCCUCCAAAUCCGCCCCAACCUCGAAAUUGCAAUCUCAAUCGCAACCUCAACCUCAGUCGCAAUCCUACAUAAGAAAGCGCGGACGAGGCUUCACCUCCACCUCCACCUCCGCCAGCUCCACGACCCCCCUGUCCACCUCUCGCUGCGACCCAACAUCCAAUUCCAACUCCAACAUAGACACACACUUCGCCCCGACAUAUAACCCCUCGACCGACACCACCACAGACGCGGUAUCCGACCCCUCCGACGACUGGCCAGCCGCCCUCUCCGCCCUACGCCAUCGACAAUCCCACCGCGCGAAACAGGCCCUCCGCCUGCGUGAGGCGGGGUCCACGGACGCAGAGAUCUUGCGCUGGAAUGGAAACCGUAGUAGUGCUCGAGAUGUCGUCCUGGACGGGGAUCUCAGAGAUGUUAUGGACGUGAAGUGGAAGAAAAGGGGCGAGGAGAGGGAAUGGGACGUUGGCAAGGCGGCGCUUCUGGACGGCGAUGAGAAGGAUAUCGAGCGGGAGCAGGAGCAGCAGGAGCAGCAGGAGCGAGAGCAAAAGCAGAAUAUCAACGCCGGUGGUGAAGCUAAUGCCAUCACCAAUACCGAAACCCAACACGAGCGACGAGAAGACCGAAGGGAAAGAAAAGCGAGACUCAAAACGACAGCAGGAGACGAAGUCUUCGCGUGGAGACGGCCCCAGAACGGCCUAUUGAAGCAGUUCAAGAGCGCCCUGCGGUAA